AUGACAUUUCUUUCAAAUAUGUUACGUGAAGAAGGUGGUUAUGAAUAUAAAAAGACAAUUGUUAAUACAAUUAUUUCAAUUGUUGAAGAAAAUCCUGAAGCAAAAGAAGCAGAUUGUGAACAUACAUCAUUAGCUACUCGUAUUAUUCAUUUAUUGGGUCGUGAAGGACCACGUACAACAACACCAGCAAAAUAUAUUCGUUAUAUUUGUAAUCGUGUUAUUCUUGAAAAUGCACCUGUUCGAGCUGCUGCUGUAAGUGCAUUAGCUAAAUUUGGUGCAGCUUCAGAAGAUUUAUUACCAAAUAUUUUGGUACUUUUACAACGAACAACACUCGAUCAAGAUGAUGAAGUUCGUGAUCGUGCUAUAAAGCACUUAAUUCAGCUUAUAUUCUCAAUUGUAAGUGUAACAAAUUAAAUUAAAUUAAAUAUUUUAAUAUAGCAAUGAAUGUAU